GUACUGCAUUGCUUCCCUGACAGGAACCAAACUGGGUCUACCCCUGCCACAUGCAGGAUGCUGGGCCUGCUGCUGCUGCCCCUGCUGUGGGCUGGGUCCCUGCAGCAGGAUGGAGGGCACCCGAUCCAGGUGCAGAAGGCGGUGACGGUGCAGGAGGGCCUGUGCGUGCUGGUGCCCUGCUCCUUCUCCUACCCCUUCAGGGCAGGGUCUUCUCCUGAAGAGUUCUACAUGUCCUGGAUCCGGGUCAGGCGAGACUCAUCCUAUGGCGAUGUGGUGGCCACAAACAACCCAAAAUACGAACUGAAGACUGAGAUCAAAGACCGAUUCCACCUCCUUGGGGACAUCCGGACCAGAAACUGCUCCCUUAGCAUCAGAGGAGACAAGAGAGAGGACACACGAACCUAUGUCUUCAGAAUAGAGACCAAGAGACAUGCAAUAUACACUUAUUUACAUCAUCUAGUGACUGUGCAGGUGACAGGCCUGACAGAGAAACCCGCCAUCCACGUUCCCGAGCCUCUGGAGUCUGGUCGCCCCUCACGCCUCCGCUGCAGCCUGCCAGGGUCCUGCCAAGGGGGGCGCCCCCUCACCUUCUCCUGGUCGGGUGACGCCCUGAACUCCAUGGACCCCGGGACCCUGAAGUCCUCAGAGCUCAUUCUCACCCCACGGCCCCAGGACCACGACACCAGCCUCACCUGCCAGGUGCAGCUCGCAGGAGCUUGGGCGACCACGGAGAGGACCAUCGGGCUCCACGUCUCCUAUGCUCCACAGCACCUCAGUAUCAGCCUCUUCUACAGAAAUGGCACAGUCGUCCAGAUUCUACCAAAUGCCUCACCCCUUUCCGUCAUGGAGGGCCAGGCUCUACAGCUGACCUGUGCUGCAGACAGCUACCCCUCUGCACAAGUGAGCUGGUUCUGGGAGUCUCCUGACCUGCAUGCCUCCCCCCUCUCCAGUACUGGGGUCCUGAAGAUGUCUCACGUAGGGACUGCAGAAGGAGGAGGCUUCACCUGCCGAGCUAACAAUACACUGGGAUCCCAAAAUGCCUCUGUGACCCUCUCCAUGCUGUAUGCCCCCCAGCUGCUGGGCCCCUGGUGCUCCUGGGAGGCUGAGGAUCUGCGCUGCAGCUGCUCCUCCCGGGCCCGGCCUGCCCCGUCCCUGCACUGGCGGCUCGGGGAGGAGCUGCUGGAGGGGAACAGCAGCAACGCCUCCUUCACGAUCACCUCCAGCUGGGCCGGGCCCUGGGCUAACAGCUCCCUGAGCCUCCACGGGGGACUGAGCUCAAGCCUCAGACUCAGCUGUGAGGCAGGAAAUGAGCACGGGGCCCAGAGCACCACGGUCCUGCUGCUGCCAGGGAAAUCGGGACCCAUGGCAGGAGCAGUGGUUGGAGCCCUUGGAGGCGCUGGCGCCAUGGCCCUGCUCUGCCUGGCUCUGUGCCUCAUCUUCUUUUGCAUCAUGAAGGCCCGGAGGACUCGAGCAGCUGGAGGACCAAAGAGAAUGGAUGACGAGGACCAUGUCACGGGUACAGUCGCCUGGGAUUCCAAGCAGAAGCCCUGGCCAGACAACCCUCAAACGAAAGCGCCCCCUGUUGGAGAUGACUUGCCUGGCGGGGAACAACAGGAACUCCAUUAUGCCUCUCUCAGCUUUAGGGAAAUGAAGUUUUGUGAUGUGAAGUCACAAGAGCCUCCGAACCACAAGGCCACAAGGAGCACAGAGUAGUACUCAGACAUCAAGACAAGCAAGUGAAGAUGCACCCACGGGUCCACGCUGGCAGGAGGAUGCACAGCCUGUCUGGGGGAAAGGAGAAGUCAGGGACUAACUAUUGGCACAUGAAGAGCUCUGGGGACAGUGUCAACCUUAUUGUUAAGAGCAUCCCUAGAAGGACAGCUGACCGGGAUUAGACGGACUUGGGUUCAAACCCCCAACUCCAGGACUAAGACUUUGUUAUUAAGCAGUUCACUUCAUCUUUCUGUGCCUUGGUUUCCUGUUCUGUGAAUCUAAGAUCAUGUGUGCCACCUAAAAUUGUUAUGAGCAUUAAA